AUGUCGGAUACGGACACAAAACCAACGAACCAAGACAGUGGAGAUAAGAUGGAUGGGGAGUACAUCAAGUUGAAGGUGAUCGGGCAGGACAGCAGUGAAAUCCACUUUAAAGUGAAGAUGACAACACAUCUGAAAAAGCUGAAGGAGUCCUACAGCCAGAGACAGGGUGUCCCAGCUAGUACACUCAGGUUUCUGUUUGAAGGCCAGAGAAUUGCAGAUAAUCAAACUCCUAAAGAGCUUGGAAUGGAGGACGAGGAUGUCAUUGAGGUAUAUCAAGAACAGACGGGUGGACUUUGGAACGAUUAA